UAUUUCUAUUUCUAUUUCGACGGCACGUGCACCACGUCACACAGCAAGCAUGCCACGGACAGCAACUGCCGCAUGCGGCUGCCUCGGAUGCUGCACUGGCUCACCACGUACCUGCACGAGCAGUCGGUGUGCGUGCACCUCAAGCGGUAUGGCCGCUACAUGGUCUCGCAUAUGGUGGCCCUGCUGCUGGCAGUGCCUUGCAAUCACACCGUCACGUUUGCGUGUGACGUGGGGCGCUGGCUGCGCACGCGCGAGCUAUGGGAUCAGCGGCACGAGGGCAUUCCGCGCACGGACCCUGUGUGGGAGCGGCGGCCGCAGCUGCCCAGCCUUGAGCAGCUUGCCGCGGACGCAGCGGACUAUGCCCUGAAGUAUGCCACCAAGUCUGAAGCAGUGCAGGGCAGCAGGGCCCUUAUAGCCGCAGCCACCAUGCUGCGGCGGCGCAUGCACCUCAUGACGCCAGAGCAGCAGGCCGGGAUUGAGAGCGAGCACCUGCCGAUCCAGGACGUGCUGGAUCAGCUACGGCAUCCCUUCGCAGCCUUUGCGGACGCCAGCGCCUCUGCCUGGGCGCCCCAGCCUCCUACUGCAGCCCAGCAGACCUUCUCCGCUCCAGCAGCGGCGCUGCUGCUGAUGCGGGGCACCGACGCGCACGAAAGCCACCAGUUCAGGGCCAUCGAUUACAGGAUGUUCUCGCAGCAUGUGCAGUCGCAGCUGAAGCGCGCGGACCCGGAGCUCAGGCCCAGAGACACCCAGCUGCGGCUCGUGCGUACAAUGGCCAGCGUUGGAGCGGGCGGGAGUCCGAGAGGGGAAGGCCAGCUUCCGGCCGCCAGCACAAUCGCUAGCGAUGUCCCAGAUCCCGGGCCCAGCGGAAGCGUACAGCAGCAAGAGCAGCCCGCCGUCGCACCUGCUCGUUACCGGUCAUCAAGCUACCUGAAAGACUACCUGUACCGCGGCGAGGCGCUGCGCGAGCUGUCUCCUAUGAUGAUGGCCAUGUUGUUUUAUAAGCCGGUGUGUGACCCCGUUGUGCGGCCUGCGGACGGCGUGGACGAUCCGCAGGUGCUGGAGCGCUAUGCAGUGUUUGCGCUCGCGAACUUCGCCGCCUACAGCUGUGACGACAUGCUCGAUCUCAGCAACGGCGCAUGGGCAGCUUAUCAGCGGUGCUUUGCACAGCCGGCGGACGGCCAGUCGCUGCAUGUGCGCAUCGCGUGCCGUAUGCUCGAUCACGUGGAUGGGCUUGCGCGUGUGCGAAUGCGGGCGGAGGAGCGGCGGCAGCUGCAGGCGGAGGCGGAGGGCACCGCUGAGGAUGCGGCGGAGGAGGCACUGUUGGAGGGCGUGCCGGUGGAGGGCAUGGACGACCUGGAGGCAGAGCCGCAGGAUGAUGAGGAACCCGAUGUUAGGCGUAGCGCAGCGCCCGCAGCGGAGCUCUGGCAGGGUUGUGCGCUAUCGGAGACGGAACGGGCAGGGCUGCUGCAGCGCGUUGUGCACGGCGGCCUGGGUGGCGGUCUGACUACAGAGGCGACCACCGUGGUUGCCCAGAUCCCGCGCGCCAAUCCGACGCCUGAAGACACAGCGCGGUUAUGGAACCUCAGCGACGACCAGCAGCAGGCGUUCAUGCUGUACGCGCAGCUCCUGCUAGCAGAGGCUGCCGGCGUCCGUCAGCCCCCCGUGUGCUCGGUGCUCACGGGCAAAGCCGGCAGCGGCAAGUCGCGGGUGCUGCAGGCAUUGCUGUGGUUUGCAUACCAGCACCGCUGCGAGUCUCUCAUUGCCCUCGUGAGCUACACGUGGCGCGCUGCGCUGCAUUUGCCACAGCCACGGCACGUGCCGCUAUAUAGCGGUGCUGCGGAGGAGAGCUUGCGGCGGCUGCUGGCGCCGGGCGCGGGGGACGGUGGGGCCAUGGAGCGCCAGAUCCGGCAGCUGGAGCAUCCGGAGGGCAGCAUGAACCUCAUGGGGCGGGAGCUGUGGAAUAUGGUGCCGUUCGCGUUCGUUCUCACUCACCAGCAUCGGCAGCAAGCAGGCGUAGGUGACAACAACGAACCUCUCUUCAUGCUAGCGGAGAAGUUUGGUGGCGUGCAGGAAAUCUCUCAGGCAGAUCUGGACACAGCGUGCGAGCAGCUCAACGCGCGUGUUUGGCGGCCCCCGAAGCCAGGGAUUGACCCCGUGCCCCAGCCCUUUGCAGUUGUCCAGCGCCAUGUCGUGCGGGUUCCACUGGCAUUGCAGCUCGUGCAGCUGCAUGCGCUCGCGCAGCGUCAGCAGCUGCUGCUGUGGCGUAGCGCGGACUUGUCGCCUGACGGGAGCAGCUUACCUAUUUCGCAUGUGCAUCAAUUAGAGGCGCUUGGCGGGGCCGACGAUGAUAGCGGUGUGCCCGCUGUGUGCGCAUUCUUUGCUGGCAUUCGUUACGUGUUUACAUCAAAUGAGCAUGUGCGUCUGUAUCACAUCAACAACAACAGUGCCACAGGCACCGGCAUUGUUCUGCAUCUCAACGAGCCACCAUUGCCAGAUGCAAGCAUUGCCCCCGUGCAUGUCCUCAAGUUCGUGCCCUCGGCUGUAAUGAUCUAGCUGCUGAAUGGCAGCGGCUAUUGAGGCUCUCGCAGAGCACAGCAGUAGCGGUGCCAGGUAUGAUUGUGCGCAUUCAGGCUAGCAUGGCUGCCUCAUAACCAAGGCCUUCAAUGCAUGCAUGGUUGCAACAUCUGGCAUGUGGCGGUAAACACUGGGUUGUCCUGCGUCCCGGCCAGCAAGGAUAGCGUAGUGUUUUUAACAUGCGCGAGGUGUACUGACAGAUGACCUGGAAGCGUGGAGUACCUUGUGGGUGGUGAGUGCUGACUGCAAUUUACAGCAGUGACUUUCUUGUUGGUGUUUGGUGUGGUGACCAUCAUGCUUGGCUUCGCUGGCUGGACGUAUGUCACUGAGCUGUUUGACAGACAGGCGUAGGGCAACGUGUACGUUCGGGUUUAGUUUCUACCUGUCCUGUCUCUGCGUGAAGCCGGGGUAUUGUUUAUCUGCUUGCUUGUCGUGCUUUGGAUUGUUGCGUGUUUACAACAGGUUGAUGUGUGGCCUGGUUAAUCCCUUGCACUUUGAUGAGGUUAUUGUUAGCCAGCGGGUGUUCGCACACGCGGGUACCACCAGGCGGCUGGAUGGGGUGUACGGGAGCCCCUUCUUCCGCGGGCCUUUUCACUAUUAGCAAUAACUCGUACAAGGAUGCUGACCCGACCUAUCCGCUAUUGCCCGUGGUGAAAACUGGGCUGCCGUCCGGGGGGUACAUAACCAACAUCAUCAUCAGCCAGAAGUGGUCGGCAAAGGUCCAAAUUAUGCUUAUCAGGGCUCAAGUCGCGAAAUUGACCGAAGCCCAUACCUCGCAUAUGCGCUGUUUGGGGCCUGAAUCUAUUGCCGUCGACAUUAAUUCUCGUAUAGAUGUAAUCAAAAUAGCUUCAGGCUAAGUUGGCGGGGUCCUGGCGAGCGCGACAUAUAGCAUUUCAACUUGAGCUCUCGCUCAAAAUUAUGCCCGAGCACCAUCCAGGGACCUUAUUAUGUGUAAUGGGAUGUCAAUUCAUGAUCGGGGCGACAGUCUGGGCAUAGACCUGGCGAUCCCGCCCUUGACUCCCGGAGUGGUACCCGCGUGCCGACAGAUGGAUCGCGGGAUUUGUUUUUGGCAUUUACCGCUUGGAUUCUAUUCGCAACGUAGCUCGGAAUACACGCUUAAUAUGCAUAGUCAGAAGACUUUGGGGACGCAAAUCGCUUGGAAAUGGAGGAGGGUCUCAAUAUGCUCGGCUCGCGAUGUCGCGCUCCUGAGCUUGUAUUAUGCACUGCGCGCAAUACGCGUUCAGCAUGCAUAUUCUUACGAACAACUAGGGACUUGAGUGAUGCGGUGUGAAAAUCAGUCGGUGUCUCGACAUGCUUGGCUCGCCAUUUCGCGCUCACGAGCUCGUUGUGUGUGUUCCGAACAUUGCACGCUCAAAAUACAUGUUCAAUAUGUCCGUCGCGAUGUUGGAGCUUCAAAACCGACAAGCAUGGUGUAUAGAUACACCUGGUAGCCUGAAUUCCUGUUUUUUCGCAAUGUCGGUGCAUUUUGUUGAUGUUGCAUCAUGUCGUGCUUCAUCGCAUUCUUGAUUUCUGCACCGGCGUGGUCUUGUUUGUAAAAUUCCGCGGUG